AUGCCCGUCAUUCCAUCCGAGCCUGCUAGCUUCCCUGCUGCCCACGGCAGUAACAACGAGAACCCCUCCAACUCUUCGGAGCAAAGAGAUGCUGGUCAGGAUACAAAGAAAGCCUCCAUGCUCGAUCAUCUCUCAAAGGGCCCUCAGAUUCCUGACAGCAUGCCACCCACAGCAUCAAAGGAGGAGAUUGAGGCACGCAAGAAGGAACUGAACCAGUGAAUAUGCAGGAUGUGAUCAACCGUCUUAUUU